UUAAGAUAUCAUAUGAAACAUCCAAGACAGUGAUCCAAGUCUUAGAAUUCAAUGAGCACUUGUGGAAAUCUCUUCCUUUGCUCUAUCUGAGUUAAGCAUGAGAUGCAUGAAUUGAAGCUGGGAUAAGAUUAUAUUGAGUUCAUGGAGAGAACUCUGUCUGAGAUCACAAAGAGACACAGAAGUUGAGAAACUCUGAGCAUUAUAUUAGAGCUUGUUGAGAUCUAUUCUGAAACUUAAAAGGAGACUAAAUUGAGAUUUAGUGCAUCUUAUUGCUCCAGAGAAAAGCCUGAGACACAGGAGAAAUAAACCUUUGUCUCAGUUUGGUGUCAUAUGGAUCUCAAAGUUGUCUAGGAGAAAUAAAUGAAACAUUUUGGAGAUCUCUUUUCAGAUUUUCUUUUCCUCUGGGUGUAUACACUGGACCUCCUGAGCUCCUUUCAGGAGCUCAAGGUCAUCGCUCCAGGAUUCUCCAGACAAGCCUUUGCAAAGCUGCUGGAGCAUCGGACUAAGUGUGGAGGAAGAUCUGGACAUAUCAACGGCGAUGCACUGCAGCGGAGCUUCUUGGAGUUCUCCUACGCUUCUUUUGAAGAAGACCAGCUCUGCUGUAGUGCUCCUUUCACCUGCCCAGCCUGCACACCAGAAAUGCUGGCUGUUUCCGCCGAUGGCAACAGAAAGCUAUAUCGUUUUCAACGAAACACAAGCUCUGAUGAUCCUGGUUUUUUUGAAGGGCUCUUUGUGGCUGAAGACAGUGCGGUGUCUACAUUUGUCGACACCAUACAGAAAGCAGUGAGAAAUACACAGGGAAGAGGCACAUGUGGGGACUCCCAGUGGACAGCAGCGAGGGAGACUUCAAGGAGGGCUUCCAAAUUGGAUGAAGAGGGGAUGGAGGUUGCUGUGUGUCGCCAUGGGUUCCUUCUGAAAGCCCUUAAUAUGUACAGAGGGGAGAUAUUUGCCUACCCCCUGUAUCUUCAGAAGGAGCUCAUGCCAGCCAAGGCAAAAUUCUUUGCUAUGGAUGUGGCUUGGAAAUACUGGCCAUACUUGGAGAAAGCUGCUCGAGUCCUUCCUGCCCUUCAGGAGCUCACCGAGAUGAAACCCUUCCUCAGCAUAAUGCAUGCUCGAGCCCAUGCUACAAAGUGUGAGAUUAAAUGGAGUGGUAGGAACCAGGAAGGAGAGGAGGUGGAGCAGGUGAACAGCUACCUGUCACGUUGUGCCCUGACUACCAAAUAUAUGUCCAAAGCAGCACGGGUGGACAUGGUUACUUUGCAUGCAAUGGGGUGGAACCACAAAAAAAGUCUCUCUCUACAUCAGGCACUUUCCACAAGAUAUGUGAAGACUUGUCAGAGACUCCAGGAUGAGACUGCAAGGCUAGCUGAACUCAAACAGAGCUACAUUGCACAGAUGAAUUGGUGUCACAGUGGCUCUCUGAUGUGAAGGAAUGGGCAGCUGAUGAGACACCAGAUACAUCUCAUGCCACUCAAGGCACCACACACAGAGGACUUCAGCAGUCAAUUGAGGGGCUUUACCUUAGUGUGAGGGAGCGGAAGCAAACCCUCUACCGCCAGAAUGACAGCAGCAAGUUUCGCCAUUGCCUUCGAAGGAAGCUGGCAGAAGACAAAAAGCUCCUCCUUCAGGAGAUGCAGAAAUACAAUGGUCUUGUCCCUGACUCUGCCACAAACAAUGAUGUAGCUGCUGUGGAGCAUUUCCUUACUGGAGAGAGCAGUGUGUCUCAAAUAUGGCCGUGGGAGGUUCAUGGCAGUGCCAACAUUUCAAUCAAGAAACAAUUGCAUGACCAAGUGAUGUUGGCGAUGCGACUGCAAGAGGAAAAAAACAUUUUGGUAUUGGAGAUGGCACAACACUGCACAUGGCUGCAGAGCCUGGCAGUGGUUCUCAAGAACAAGAUGGCCGAGGAGGAUGUAGACAAGGGAAAUGAGGGACUUUGCUGUCUCUUAAGAAGAAGACUGUCAGAGGUGUCAGAACGGUUGCAAGUUGUCCUCCAACAGUACAAGACUGCUUUAGGUCCUGAGGCCUCUGUCCUUCUACAUGUUGAAGCAGAAGAUCCAAGUGGCCUCAGUAGUCCAGACACGAGUGAGGAUAAAGAGGAAAACACAGUUUAGAUGGAAGAUACACAAAGGACUGUGUUGAAGGAAAUGGACUCGCCCUAUAUCUGUAUAUUAUUAGUAUGCUGAUUGAUUAACCACAUCAAAAUAUGUAUGCAUCCUAUAUUGUUGAAAAUUCAACCUUUGUAUGUAGAUUACCAAGCAAUUUAGUAACCACAUUAAUGAUCCUUGAAGAUGCACAAACCUCUUAGUAUUGGUUUGCCAAUCUCAGCCAAUAAUGUCAACUUUGCAUGUAUGAUCUUAACCAGAUGUAAUUACUUGACUGACAUGACAUUCCUACUUCUUUAAGAGAGACUCCCCUUUGAAUGUGAUGAUCCUGUGUGCGUCAAUGUCAGGCCAAACUUUUGACUUGUAUACGACAAAUGUUAUGAACAGAUUUCUAAGUAAUUUGCUGGGCAAUCUCAAGCUUCCCAGGCAAUGAAUCUUGUCAGUUUUGUUAACCUCAUGAUGUUCCCUUUAGCACACCUCAGACCAGAAUGUAAAAUUUGAUAUUGUCUAUUAGGCAUUAAACCUGCUAAGCACAUUAUGAGGAACUACGCCAGGAACUUGUGACCUCAUGACCUUUCCUCUAUCACCACAUUUAGGCCAAGAAGUAAAAACUCAUUCUUAAUUACUUGCAUUUCCACACAUUUGUGGAUUCUGCAGUGCAGCAGCAGGGGGUCUGUGGCUUUGCUAUGGAUCAAUACUUGAUUGAGUGUAUUAUAGGAUGUAACUUUAUAUUACUGCACCAUUGAAGAUAAAUAUCAUAAACAACAUAAAUUCUUUCUUAAAGAUGGUAAAUUUGUUGACAAUUUAUCUGUCACUGUCUGUUUUGUCCUUACAAGCACAUUGUACAUUGGUACAGCAGAUUUAGCUUAUAUAUUAAGUACUUGUAUAAUGCAUUAGCUUGUAUGUAACAGAAAAAUACACUGUUUUGUAUGCUAUGAUUAUACUUUAUAUUGUAUAUUAUUACAGUUGAGAGAUAACUUGAUUCCCUGUUUUGUUGGUGCGUUUCAAGUUAACUUAACCUCAGUCCAGUAUCAUUAAAUACAACCGUAUGACGUGUGACAAAUAUGCAUUUGGUGUAUUUUCAAUAAAUUAUUUCCAAAGAUGA